AUGCACGCGAUGGAGCCCGCAGCCAGAGGGCGGACUGAGAAAAGCUUCAGCUACGUUGUCAGAGCCCCCGGCAGCGAUGGGUUUGAUGUGAUGAACGUUGACGUGAAGAUCGACACGUGCUGGGUGUUCCAGGACGUAGAGGACGGUGGCGAGGGGCCCGGCUGUCUUCCGGCAGCGGGAAGCCCAGACACGGACGCGGGCGUGCUCAGGAAGCAGCUGGAAGCCUCAGAGCAGAAGCUGCUGGCAGCUGUGGACAAGCACGUGAUGUCGGAGUCCAGGCUCAGAAGCAGAAUCCAGGAGCUAGAGCUGUCGGAGAGACAGCUCCUCCAGAGUGUGGACCAGCUGAACGCCCGCGUGCUGCAGGAAAGGAGCGACGCUGCCCGGGCCCAGGAGAAGCUCCAAGCCCUGCGGGACGAGCUUGCCAGCCAGGUUCUGGAGAAGGAGCGCGCGGCCAGGCGGCAGCGGUGGCGGCUGCGGCGGCUGCGGGAGCGGCUGCGGCGCAAGGACGAGGCGCUGGGGCGGCAGGCGGCGGCCCUGGAGCGCUGCCGAGGGACACAGCGGCGCCAGCUGGCCCUGGUGCGCGAGCAGGAGCGCGGCCUGCGGGAGCAGGUGCGGCGGCUGGAGCGGGACGUGCGGCGCCUCUGUCACGCGGCCGGCCUCCUGCUGGCGGAGCUGGACGCCCCGACCGCGCGCGGCCCCCGCGCCCUCGGCCCGGCCGGCCCCGGUGGGGAGGCCGAGGAGCUGCGCGCCCUGCAGGCGCGGGCCGAGCGCGGCGAGCGAGAGCGGGACGAAGCGGCGCGCCGGUUGCGGGAGCAGCGCGCCACGGAACGCCGGCUCCGCGGGCAGCUGGAGGAUCUUCGCUGCUGCAUCUACGAGCUCAAGCUGUCGGAGAUCGGCCUGCAGGGCCAGGUGGAGGACCUCGCCCAGCAAAACCGCAGCCUGCGAGAGGAGCUGGGGGCCCAAGCCGUCGGGGAGAGCGCGCGCAGCCCUGCCUCUUCCGGUCAGUGCAGCCCGGACGCCCUGAGCCAGCUUCAGGACGAGCCACUGGCCCUGCCCGGGGAGGGCGCCCUGGAUGCCUGCCGAAGCCGAGGCUUGCAGACCACCCUCUGCUCCCACGGCGCCCCUGGCCCGAGAAGCUCAGCAGGCCAGCCCUCCGAGGCGUGCUGCUCCCGGGAUCGUGUCGGGGCCGGGCGAGGCCCCUGUGUUGUGGUGGCAGGCCUGGAGGCCACAGAUGAGACCCUGGAAGACGUCCCAGGAUCUGACCGUGGACGGCGGACUCCGGCUGAGCCCAGCUUGGAUGCGCAGGCUUUUCUCCUCAUCUGUGGCUGCCCCCCCGGCCAGUACAGGGAUGGCUCACUCCUCCCCGUGGAGCUGGCCGGGAUUUCGGAGCAGAGGCUAGCAGCUGCCCAGGUCCUGGUGCAGACGUCCACACUCCCUCCCUGGGGGCCGGCCGGGGACCCCCCUUCCCUGCCGCCGCUGCUCCUGCUCCAGGAGUCUUCUCCACAAGAAUCCCAGAUGCGACGGACGCUGGACGCCAGGUUCCCACCUGCUCCCGGAGCCGGAGGACCCACCUGCCGGAAUCCCCACUGGAGAAGGGGCCAGAAUGCCUCCCUCUGCCACGAGCCCCCCCAGAUCUCAAGUCACAAAUUCAAGUCACCCAGAGAUGUGAAAGGCGCUUGGAAGGAGGGAGGAGGGCCCCCAGAGUGGAGAACCGAGGAGCGGGGGGCGAGGAGGAGUCGGGGCAGGAAGGAGGCAGACCUUGGUGACGAGAGCAAGCUAAGCCAGGAAAGCCGAGACAACCCGAGCCCGGGGGACGGCGUCAGAGCCCCAGAGGGCGAGCCGGUCGAGAACGGGGCCUCAGAAACCCAGGCCUCUGUCUCCUGCCCUUGGCCCAGGCCAAAGCUCCCAUGGCCUCUUUUGCAGGAGGAGGCCUCCGUGUCAACUGAGGGUCCCGCACCCCUGAGUCGGAGGCGGAGGGAGGGAGGGCUUUCGUCACCGGAGGAGGAAGAGGCCCCCCCAGCCAGGGCCCAGGGCUCCCAGAGGCCAAGUCCAGGAGGCACUCAGCUUCUUACAGGGCAGGGCGAGGAGGAAACGCUCGUGUGGUCUGCAAAUGCUCUGAAUCUGCAAGAGGAAAGCCCUGGGGACCAAAGGCACGGAGAGAAGGAGGAGAAAGCACCGCCUCUAGAAGGGUCUCGUCUGGGCCACAGGGAUGUCCCAGGGGAGCCUGGCCCCGAGGAACGUGAGCACCAGGAAACGCUCUCCCCGGUGGCGGAGGGAGGUCUGACACUGUCUCCCCGACCGGCCUUUCCACCCAGGGGAACUGAACCUACCAGUGAUCCGUGGGCUCUGAGCCAACAACCUGACAGGUCUGAGCUCAGAAGAGACGAAUUUGGGAAGGAGGCAGAAGCUUCUUCCCAGCAACUCUCCAUCCUGCGGCGUGGGGGCGGGGGGCGAUGGUGGCCCACCUCCACUCCGGCUGGAGGAAGCAAGAACUUGACUCGGAAACAGCACAGCCCCCCGGAGAAUGCUCACUCCCAGCAGGCUUUGGCAAACCAGGGCUCGGAUGUUUGUUUGGCCAGAGAGGUCAGACCCGGGGGGACCGGCGAAGAGGUCGGACCAGGCGGGAUGGAGGUCCUGGGGACCAGCACCGCUCUCCCGGGGAUGGUGCCUGAUUCAGAUGACGUGGGUCCGGGUCCAGAGUGGCCCUCCGAGCUGGGUGGGAACCAGCCCUCCCAGCCACUGAGAGCCCUUGAAGAAGAGAGGAGAAGGUUUCAGCGGCUCAUCUCUGGGCUGAAACGAGAGAGAAGCCAAGUUUUACGUGACAACGCCGAGCUGCGGGGCGACCGAGAGAGAUGCCGUCGAAAAGUGUGCGCCCUCGAGGAAGAGAGGGAGAGAAAUGUGACCAAGAUGGCGGCCCUCGAACAGGACAACAGCAUGCUGGUCGGAGACAUCGCGCUCUUGAAGAGGGAGCUGGCCCAAUACCGGCAGGUCGUUUCUGACCUGGAAGAUUGCAACGGGAAAAGUUACGGCAAAAUCUCCGAGCUCGAAGAGGAGAAGGAGCAGCUGAAAGGGCGCCUGGCCCAGCUGCAGAGAGCCACGGCCGAGAGCGCCAGAAAAUCCAAGGGUGUGAUGGAGCACGUCACAAUGGAAAACCGGGAGCUCAAGGCGCUGAUCUCGGAGCUCGGGGUCAGUUACAAAGAGCUGAUGAAGGGCGUGGUGCUGGGGAUAGAAGACACGGUCCAGGCCUUCAGGGGGGAGAACGCCCAUCUUCUGAGCAGGAUCCGCGUCCUGGAGACGGAAGUCGCGUUGGGGGCCAGCACAGCUGGGGGCCGCUUGGUGAGAGCGGAGGAGGGUCCGCAGGGGGAAAGCAAGAUGGCGGGGGGCAGGGAGGGUGCUGUGGAAAGGGGGGUGCAGGUGACUCAGCUGUCAGGGCAACUGACCGCAGAAGCCCACGGGCCGCCCUUGGAGGAGAAACCGGGUCUGGCUGGCAGGUGGAUGGGGCCUUUCUUACGCACGGAGAAUUCCAGAAAUGAUGGCAAUUCAGCCGCUUCGUCGCUGGUGGGGGGAAGUGCCGAGGUAUCCAGUGCCCCGCGAGGAAACAUCGACGGACCAGGAGCGAGAGAAGCACGUUUGGAAAAGGAGGAGAAAAGACCAUGGUGUUCUGCAGACCCAGGGCAAGCUCUGAAGGCAAGCAACGGCCCCCAGGGCACGGAGACAGACACCCCCAAAGAGGACCUCAGGCUGUGCAUUGGGCACCUCCAGCACCAGGUGCUGACCCUGCGGUGCCAGCUCAGAGACCAGGCUUCUGCCCACCGGGUACUGCAGGUGUCACAUGGGGAAGCCACCCGCCUCCGGGACCAGCUCAAGAGCGAGCUUGAGGAACUUCAGAGAAAGCAACACGAGGCAAAUUCGGCCGUGGCUCCUUUGAAGGCCAAGCUGGCUUCUCUGGUCCAGAAGUGCCGGGAGAGGAACCGCCUCAUCACGCACCUGCUGCAGGAGCUGCACCGACGCGGGGCCGAGGAUCCCCUGCUCUCCGAGACGGCGCGGGGCAUGGUGGACGAUGUGGCACUGGCUGAGUACGCGGCCACCUUCCUGGCUCCGGCGCUCCCAGAGACCAGCCACCACCUGGAUGUCGAGUCUGAGACGGCAGCAGCUGUAAGAGCUCAGAAAUACCUCCCGAAGCCCAAAACAGACAGUGUCGUCAUCCAAAGACCUUUGCAUUCAGAGUCCUGGCCUGUUCCCGAGGCUGAGUGGCCAGCACAGAACACGGCUAGACCGGAUUCACCAAAGCUUCCCCCGCCCUCAGGGCCGACGCCUGGUCCCGGAGCGUGUCCGUGUCCGGCUGCAGCCGCCGUGGAGCCCGCGUGCCCUGCGCGACGCCCGCGGGGAGAAGGCGGGCUGUCCUGUCCCGUCCUCCGUGCCGAUGACCCCCCGCCACCCUCUGAGCUCCUGAGUCCUGCGAGGAUCCUGGCUUUCCACAAAGAGCUCACACAAAGCAUUCGCAGCAAUGCCCAGGUCCAUCGAUCACCGCUGGAGUUAUAAAUUUAAUAGAAGCGCUCGCGCUCCGGGGCCGUUUCAUAGACUCCAUAAAUAUUUGAAGCCGAGCCUUCAGACACGGCUUUAAGGAAUUGGUAGCAAUCAAAGCCCUCAUUCGGUGGCAAGUGGUUUUGCCUCUGGCUGGGGGGUCUGUGCUGCUCGUCGGAGCUUGGGAGAAAUACUCAACUGUGCCCGACACAUUCCGAGAGCUUUGUCAAGGCAGCAAAGGGAAUAUUUACCGUACCAAAACUGAUUGAAAGACUGGUCCGGUGGUUCUCAACUGGGCGUGAUUUUUCCCAACCAGGGAAAAAAUUGGCAACGUCUGGAGACAUUUUCUAUGGUCCUAACUGGGAAGCCGCUCCCGGCAUCUAGUGGGUAGAGGCCAGGGAUGCUGUUAAACAUCCACGAUGCACAAGGCAGUGUCCUAGAACACAGGUAAUCCAGCCCAGAUGUCAACAGCGCCAGGGUUGGGAACCCCUGAACUGGUCUAUCAGCUCCUAACAUUGACAGCCAUGGACACCUGUGUUGUUAUUUUCCUGCCCUUGGGGCCCCUCCCCGUGUGUGAAAAGAGUUUUGUCUACUACAUGAAAUGUUUGAUUUAAGUAAUUAUAUAUUUUACAUGUUAAGGCAUUAAAACCCAUCGGAACCUUCUAAUAAGGCCCAUUCGUUCAACCAACAUUUGUUGGCAUCCAGCGAAUGGCAGGAAGUAUAAUGUGAGGGGGAGGGAGGUGAGCCAACUCUGGUCCCUGCCUCAGGUUGCUCACGGGGCAAUGGGAGACACACGUAUGAACCAUGCACCAUGUAGCUCGUUAAAAGUGCUGUGAGUUGUGGUGACACGAAGGUAAAGGCCCUUUCUGCCCGGCCUCGGAAAAUGGAGGUCAUUCAGGAGGGGAUGGCUGAGCAGAGCCCCUGGGCCCACUGAGGUGUUCCACACACAGGUGAGGUAGGGAAGGGUGUUGCAGUCAAAGGGAACAGCACGUGCAAAGGCCCCGAGGCAUGGAACUGAACUUUGUGCGUGUCAUUAAAGAUGUGUGCAAAGCAGCCCCUGGGCCAGCCAGCUACGAGGGGUUCCUGCCUCAUCCCAUCCUGCACUCCUCUCUUUCCUCCUGAGAAUAGGACUUACGCCCUGACCUGGGUGUAGGACUCAGGAGUGAAGAAAAUGCAUCUAUCCUGAGGGCAAGCCGCCCAACAAAAGAAUCAAGGGGCCUUGCACCACUCAUGCCCAGAUCCUGUCCCCGGGCUCACCCAUCAGAGACACCAUCUCUGCCUCUGGGAAGGGACUGGUGAAGGGUUGAGGGAAAGGUCAGAGUUACCUGCCCGGUUCCGUUCCCCCCUGGAAUGUCUUAUCACUUUGGGCCAAGGAGGUAUCGGGACCAGAGACCUGGGGCUCCCAGGGCAGCAGGCCAACGUGUAGAUUGUACUUUAAUGCGGUUUUACUUUAAAUAUUGGCAAGUGCAGGGAGGUCCCAUCUACCCUUCCGCUGGCCUCCCGUAACGUUCACAUCUUAUACACCUGACCACGUGGCAGUGACAGAAACCAACGGAUUUAUUUUGAGGGAACCCGGGGGAGCCAUUGAUUCGUAAGAAAAGUGGGGCCAUCGAGCCAGCGACAACACCCUGAGCUGCCGCCACCGUGAUGAACCCAAGGGGCUGCGUGAUGGGUCAUCACAUCCAUCCACCUGUCCUUGCGCUGAUUUGCCAACGGACCCACCCAUCCGUUUGUUCAGUGCGCAUUCAGCGCUAACUGCCAUGUGAGGCCAGGUUCCGGGAAGCAGGAACAAAGAAGAUGCGGUCGGUCCGUAUCCCCCAGGACCUCCUGGCAACCGUGCGUCCCCAUCAGGGGCUCAAGGAACCCCCGAUGUUGGAAAACACUGUUGUAAUUACUGCCAUUCCGGCCACCAACGCCAGCCACGGAAUUGCCAGCUGUGUGGCGUCCUAUACAGCUGGUCCCUCACGUCGGUGUGGGACCUCUCUUUGGGCCCUUUCUCCACCUUUAUUUUGGGACAACGCCGUCAGCUUUGGGCACUGGUACUACGAGGAAGAGGAGGGAUGAGCCAGGUGAGGCCGGGCAACAGCCAGCCGAACCUCACUGCUAAGCCGGCCGGAUGCUCUCGAGGCCACCCCUGAUCUCCAGGACGAUCCCCCCGGGUUCGGGGGUCCUGCCGCCUGUCACAUGAGCGCUCCACCUCCCGCUUCUCAUAGGCUGGGCCUCGGCGGAGAGGCGACUGGGGAAAAUCCAUUAAAGGAAGCCAAGGCAAUCUUUGUAGCAUAACACGGUGAUUCCUUAAUAAAUCAUCUUCCGAAGCCAGAAACCACUUAUUAACCAGCCUGGGGCUGGCACUUCUGUCGCCUCAAGCCGGGUCGUUGCUUGGGGCUGUGACUCCCUGGGGGUGCAUUUGCGAUGGCGGAUGAAGGACUCUGGCAUUUUCUUCACCUCCACCGUAGACCCCAGCCCCGGGAAGGGGCCACCCCCUCGCCGGGCCCGAUGUGGCCAGCGCCCAGUCUGGUCAGAUGCCCCCGGGGUGGAGGCUGCACCAGCUGGGGCGGCAGAGUGGGGUCAGGCAGGAACCCGGCACACAGAAGCUGGGGUCAGGCUGCCCCCCACACCGGGAACCGCACUGUGAGUGACCCGAGGCCUCCGGGGAGUGACCAGAUGGACCGGCCCGGCUGCCGCGGCAGAAAACAAUUUGUCAGAGGGCUGUCCAUAAGCAGCCACGGUGACCUUCUUUGGGACUGCCUGCCCAGGCUCUGCAGAACGGAAGCCCUGAGCCCGAGCGAGGAAAGAAGACAGCACAGAGGCACGCACAUCCCACUGAGGAAUAUUUAUAUCCCUCCCGACUGACCAACAGAGCAGCAGUGGCCCCAGGACUUGUGGUUCCUUCCAGGGACCUGAGUUACAAGCCAGAGGACUGUCUUCCUGUUCUAAGUCAUUCAUGGGAAUGUCUCUCUUCUGUAUAAUACCAACCAGGGGACCAAAGGAUGGCUGUUGACUAUCAGAAGCUGUACGUAUUGGCACGGGGUGGUGGGAAGAAGCUUGGGUCUGGAGUCCCAACGUCUUGGCUGGCUUUGCUCCUCCUAAGCUGUGUCACCUUGCCCAAAUUACUUCAAACGUCCGCUUCUUUACCUGUCUGAGGGUCUAAACACCUACUUGACAGUUUUGUUCUGACAGCCAAAUGAGCUCAUGGCUACGAGAGUGCUCUGCACCCUGGACGAUGCUUCCCACACGUCAGGGAUCAUGGCUGUUUGUAAAUGUGAUUCUCUCAUUCAUGUGACUGACCACACCCUGCCACAGCUACUCAUUACACUCACAGUUCUCUGUAGCUGCCACCCAAGGUGGGUGAUGUGGUACCAUGGCAGGAUUAUCGUUUUUGCAGUCUCAGGGGUCAUCUUGAUAUUAUAGAGCUCCUGCGGAAGCCUGAGCUAAGGUGAAGGUUCUAACCUGUGUGAAAAAUUGUACACAUGUGAGCACUUCCCUGGGAAGAGGGGCCAUGGGUUUCAUUAGAUUCUCAAAUGAAACUGGAACCCUCAAAAGCCAAGCACCCGUCGUCUAAGGGGAAAGGACUCCACUGAGGAACCCAGAGACCCAGCUCUGCCUCUAACUGGCUGGUGACUUUGAGGCCUCAGUUCCUGAUCUACAAAAUGGGUGCAGCCACAUGCCCUCCAGUAACCUUCGCAGUCCGGCAGCGGAUGAGUCUGUGGCCCCUCCCUGCAUGUGUCCUCCCCCAGAGAGGACACUCUUCCCGCUGCAGCAAACACUUGCUGGGUCCCUACUGUGCGGUGAGCUCUGGCCGGCUGGAAGCUCCUGUACCCAGUCUUCUUGCUUCCUGAGUAAGUAGAGAGUUCUUCUAGUCUAACCAUAUGUCACUUCAUGCAACUGUGUCCACAGAUUGUCCCCCAGAUAACCACAGCACUUCAAAAUUCUUAAAGCACUCAAAGCUCAUUAAAGAGCAUUAUGGCCCAGCCACUGUGCAGACUGAGGGGUUUGCUGCCUCUGAAAAUACCUCCCUGUAAAUUACAGGUCUGUGACACCCUCUUCCUUGGGCAGCCGAAGGCGUAACAGGGACACUGAAACCUAAGCAUCCCCCAGGAAGGCAGAAUGAAAAGCAGGUUGCAAUGUGGUACUACCUCCAUGAGCCGAAUUCUUUCCCACCCUGCUGCUACUGGCAGAGAUUGACAGUAAGGAGACAGGCUGGUGGUCAGGAUCUGCCCCAAAGUCCUUGGCCUCAGCAGAGCCUGGGCUGGCUCAGCGAGGGGUAAGUGACAGGCAGGCCCCACGACCCACGGGGCAGAUCUCAGAGAGCUCUUAGUCUGUAGCGGGCACACGGACAGCCCUUGGAUCAGACGUGGCUCACAAACACAUCCCAUUUGGCUUAGGUUUGUUCCAAAAACAGCAGUAGAGUACGUAAACAUAAAAUGUACCAUCUUAACCCUUUUUAAAUGCCCAGUUUAGGACAUUCACAUGUUGGGCAACCAUCACCACCAUCCAUUUCCAGAACAUUUCCAUCUUCCCGAACUGAAACUCUGUCCCCAUUAAACGCCAGCCCCCUCUUCUCCCCUGCCUCAGCCCCUGGAAACGCCUAUUGUGCUUUCCAUCUUGACAGAUACGAUUGCUCUGAAAACUUCAUGUAAGUGGAGUCCUACCAGAGUUGUCCUUUGGGGACUCUUUCACUAGCCGUAAUGGCCUCUAGGCUCAUCCACAUUGUUGCAGGUGUUAGAACUUCCUUCCUUUUUGAGGCUAAAUGAUAUUCCAGUGGGUGGACAGGUCCCAUCCUGUGUACCGUCUACCUGUCGACCGACACUUGAGUUGUUUCCGUCCUCUGCCUCUUGUGACUAACGUGCUGUGAACACAGAAGUACAAAUACCUGCCUUGUAUUUGUUACUAUUGGGGUAACCAAUAGUAACCCCGUUGAAAAACCAGAAGAUUCCUCAUAGAAAUACGAAUUCCUGGCUUCUCUCGGAAGACAGCGGAACUGGCAAUUCAAGGUUUCUAUGUUCAGGGCCAUGCUCAGACGAAUGAGGCCAGCACACUCCUUUCCCAAUGACAGGCACACUCCGCCUUGGGAGGGCUUCAGGCAGCCACACCCUCCCAGGGUCUCUUCUGCCGACCACCUACCUUGCCCGGUCUGCCCAACCCUCUGAUCAGAUGGCUGAAGAUACAGUGACCCCGAGAGGCACAGGGACCUGGGCCCGUGGUGUCACAGGUGAGAUGGUGAGUGACUGCUGUCACCUGGGAAAGGCCUGGACUAGGUUCCGGUUCCGGCUCUGCUGCUUGCCUGCUUCAGUGACCUUCACCUUUCUGAGCCUAAGUUUCCUCCUUUGGAAGAAAAGAUACCUUCUCCAGCAGAUUCAUGGAAUUAUUGUCAAGAUAGAAGAAGAAGCUGUGUGGUGACUGGAACAUGGCAUUACUAACAGCACAGUCCAGGUCUGGCAGCCUAGAAUUUGGGGGUUCAUUUCCCCCUCUGCAAAAUUGGAAAAGGGACCAUGCCUCUUCACGGGAGUGUCCUGAGAACUGAGACAGGGAAGGUAAAGCAUCCAGCAGAGCGCCUGGCACACAGCAGGUGCAUCCCACAUGUUACUUGGUAACAAGAGAGGGCUCUGUUGGAGGGCUCCAGAUCCCCCUUGGCAGAGAUCACAAUCCAGGAAGACACCUGACGUCCUGAUGUUGUGGGCACAGCCUGGCUGCAGAUUCCAUCAGCCUGAUUUCAAAGCCCACCCUCCACCUUUUAUCUGCCAGGGCCUGUCAGCAGCCUCCCUGAGCUGUAGACUGUCCCCUGUUGGAGGGCACACAAUCACUGUCUUUGCCAGCACCAGGGGAGACGAGAAACAUCAGGUGCCUGGUGCAUACUAGGUGCUCACCAACAAACGUAGUUCCCCUCCUCCCUUUCCCAAGCAGAAGUCGGCCUCUGAGUUUAAAAAGAUGGCGUGUUUUCCAAAUGAGUAUUAAAGAAGAAGGGGAAGGAGAAGGGGAAGGGGAAGGGGAGGGAAAAUAUGGUUUUCAGCCCCCACUGGAGUGCCUCAGGGCUCUCAUGUUCUUGGGGUUUUAUUGAGCACCACUAAAUGCCAGGCACCAAUGAUGGGCCUACCUGGGGUAACAGGAGAAAACAAAACAUACCAAUCCCCUGCUCUUUGGGGUCGAAUUAUAUCAGCCAAUGGGUCAGUUGGUGGAUACAUGCUCAUUAAGUGCCUCUUCUGAGCUGACUUUAUGCGGGACCUUGGCCUCACCUUCAAGGCUCAUCUCUGUUGCUGGAUGUGGGCUGCCUCCAAGCUGUACCCUGUGGAUCCUGUGGCUCCUGCGGCAGCCCCAGAUGUCACCCUUGUCCUGGGUCCCUGAUCACCCACCCCUGUUCUUUCUGUCCAUUUGUGUUGCUUCAUUGACUCGGUCCAUUCCAGAUUCCCCUAGGGAAGUCUCUGAGCCUCUUUGGGACCUGUGAAGCACCCCUGGGGGGAGCAGUCCAUCCCAGGCCCGGUGUGGACCCUGGCAGAGCCCUGCCUCUCUACCUUUGGGCUUUGAGUGAGAUGGAAAUGUGACCAGAAAAAGCACUUUGCAGACCUCAGUGUUGUGCAUAUGCUUUCUUCAUUUCAUUAAUUCAAUAUGUGUCUGCUGUGCACCUACUGUGUGCUGUCACGGACAAGGUGGUCUGUGUCAUGACGAUUGGAAAAGGUCCCUAAGCUAAGGAAGAGAAGCUUGCUUGUCAGAUGGUUGUACUAUGCAUUCAUAAAUUAUGAUUAGCAACAGCCAGGGAGUUGGCAUGGCAACGUUUCCCCACAAACCGCCAGGCAGUGUUCUUAAAAUAGGUUCCCCGGAGGUGUGGCAGCGGUGGAAACACACAGAGGCAGUGUGGUCUGAUGGCUCUGUGGACCAAGGUAGACUCCACUGCCACCUGUGUGUUCAGAAAGGCCAUGCCACCCCCUUUCCCGAGCAGACCAGAGGCACGGUAAUUAAGAUAGACCCGGAAGCGUCCAUUGUUGGAACUGGCGACUUAAUUUGUUAUAAAUACCCCUGCCUUUCCCCAUUUAACAGGGGAGGUAAGGAAAGCGGAGCCCCGAGGGGUUAAGUGACCGGCCCAGGGUCACACAGUCAUCUGAUUGCAGAUGUGACUGAAUCUGGUUCUGACGUCUUUAUAGAGACUUCUCCAACUGUGCUUUUCUGGUUUGGAAUUCUAGAUCUGGGCCCGAUGCAGUUCAUUUCCUAAUGGGUUACAGUCUGCAUGGCAUCACUUAGCAACAUGCAUCGGGUCAAGGAAUCUUUCCUUUCGUAUAGAAUCUAUGCCCCGUUUCUCCCUGCGGAAGCCCUGAAUCCCAAGAUGUCAUGGAAACUCACCUGCUUCUUGGCCAGGCUGAGAUGAUUGUGGUUUAAGUUCAUCUCUCCACAGCCUUCCCUACCCUAGUUUCCCAGUGUGGAAAUCAGGUAGCAGAGCCUAUCCAAAGUUUAUGAUCUGCUUUGCAAUGAGAUGACUGUGUGAGUUAGUGACCCCCUCAUCACAGAGGACGGGGAAGCCAAACCCUUUAAAAGAUGAGUUCCCUUUCUUCUAUUUGUGUUACUCAGCAAUUUAUUGCAUAAAUUUUAUCAACUUGAGAAGGUGUUUUGUCUCUGUUUUGUUUUUUUCUUUUUUUACCUUCAGGCUGGCGAGCUGCUUUUAAGAGAUUCACAACUGUUGUUUAAUCCAGGACCGGAAUGUGAAACUUUGUUGAGCACUAUCUACUUCUGAGAAUAGGGUGCUAGACACGUGUGACGUAUUUUAGAGACUCAACCUUUCUUUCUCUAUGUAGAUAGGGCCUUGCCGUGGAAAGGGCUCUGGGCUGGGAGCAGGGAGGUCUGCCAACUGAGCUUUGCCAAACCCCCUCUCUAGGCCAUCGGUAGGCCAUAAAGAUUGCCCUAGGUAGCGAUAAUUCCUUACUGUGAUUUCGUGUUGGACUCACCUGCAGAGCUUUUUAAAAACCCAACGCACAGGCCCCUUUCCAGGCCUUGAAACCAGCCUAUCUUGGGUGGGCCCCAAGCGGGGAUCUUCAAAAAGGCCCCCAGUGAUUCCAACGGGCAGCCAGGGGGAAAAGCAUCAAAUUGUCCCUUUCAGUUCUGCCAUCUCCUGUGUUAAUUAAAUUCCAAGAUGCCACUGGGGAUUUCUUCUGUGUUAGACUCAUUUAUUUUUGCUCCUUGCUAAGAAAGAAAUGUGUACUCAGAGUUGAUAGGAGGAACCUUCUCACCUUCGGAACGUUUUUGACCAUGAGUCAGCGUUGCAACUUCACCUUUAGAGGCCCUUUUAAGCAGCUAAUGAUCCUUAGGAAAACGAAAUGCAUGACACCGUAGCAUUCAUUUCUACGGUGGCAGAACCUGACGCUGAACUCCUUUUGGUGGCUGAUCACAGCACGCUUACAUGGGAGUUUGGAUAACAACUGGGUGAUGCAGUAGACAUCAAGAAUGAACCUCUUGUGUACGGCCGAAUGCAUCCUAAAAUCUUCUGGAAAUAGAUACUCCAAAUCCACCGCUAUCUAUAGCUUUAUGAGUUUUGCAACCAAAUAGAAGCUGAUUCCUGUUCAGCAUUUGUGCCAGUGGCCAACUGUGUCCUAUCUGGCCUUGAAAUAAAUUCUUUGGGAAUUCUUGAUGCCUUAAGGAGGUGGACAAGGAAGACCCCUGGGACUUGUUCAUGUAUUUAGUCCUCUUCCUGUUUUAGAAGAAUUUCUAAAAAAAGACAGUGUGUGCCUUGGACCAAAACUUGUUUUUAAGAAGCUGGUAGGCUUAGGAUGGAAGGAUUGGCUUUCUUUAUCCCAUUGGAUCUUCCCUAAAUCCUACUCUGGUUUGAGAAAGCACAGCUCUCGUCCCAAUCUGACUUUUGCAUCCAUGGCACAAAUGUAUUACAUGGAGUCAUGGAAAGACUAAUGGGAGAACUGGUACAAAUCAAAGGAAGAUUUGCUCCAACACCAUUUUUUUUUUGUCUUUGGAAAGUAUCAUCAGGCUAUGUCCACAGAUGGAUUGAUGCUGCAUUUAUAUGAUGGUGGAAUAAGGGGAGGGGAAGACAAAUGAAUGGGAUUGUUAAAAAUGGCAGAAAGCUUGAUAUCAACUCUGUAUCAAUAUAUUCUUUUCUAAGGUAAAGUAAUGUAAUACCAUGUUAAUGGAUAUGACGUCAAAAGUGAUGGGGGAAUAAAUAUCUAUGCAGUCACAGUAUAACUAUUAACUGAGACUUUUUCAAUGAGGGUGAAGACAAGGUCUGACUCGAAUGGAGAUCAUAGAAGGAGUUAUGGGCCAGAUACACUGGGUUUGGACUGUCCUCUGCCACCAACUGGUUGUGCAAGUUUGGAUGGUGUGCUUACCUCUCUCAAUCUCAACGUCCUCCAUGGAAACGUCAGGGAAGGUGUGAGCCUUGAUGAGAUAGCACACGUUUUCUAAAGCACCUGCAUAUGUUGGCGCUCUGCAGAUGUUGGGAACCUUUCCUCACCCCUUGGAAAAUGCUCUGGUGCAUUUCAGUGCCAUGGCUGGGCGUGUGUCACGAAGCUGAGUUGUGUGACUCCGUUGGUCUUCCAACUCAGAUUGUUCAGGUUUGCACAAUCCACUUUUGAUGAGGAGGCAAGGAAGGGACCUGGGUGUCAUUGGCAAAGAUGAUGAACAAGCCUUGAGAAUUCAUCUUGGCAGAAUGUCCCUGUUCUCUUCAGUCUUCCAGGGUGACUCCUGGGAGGAUAUCGUGUGAAAGCUGUGAAGCACAGACAAUAGUUUGGAAAUUGCAGACUUUCCCACUGGGUCCCAAAUGUACAGUGAUGCUACACCUUGCUACUGCUUGAGCAUUAAAGGAGUUUUAUAUUAUAUAUGGCCAUUCAUAAACACAAGGGUCAGAAUUUUGGCAGAGUUCUGGCCCUCCCCUCAGUUAGAAGUGUGGAUUCGCAUGGGAGUGGUCUGGCAAAAGGAGCGGAACCCCUUUCCUUCUGGAUGCUUUUCAGCAGGAACCUCCCUUGGGUCCAGGAGAAGUGGCCGUCCCCCAGCUCCUGCCUUCCGCAAAUGAACAGAGCGCUCAGUCCCUGGAGACACUCAUUGGAUUCCCGAUCAGUUGUGAAUCAGGCUCAAAACUCCCUUCUGGGUUUUCAAGAUUUGUAAUGAUUGCUCAAUCUUGUGUAAACCAGGCUGGCAUUUUCUCUUGUUACCAAGAUGUAUUUUUCUAUGUUAGUUAAAUGUAUAAUUUGUGUAAUUUUGUACAUUAAAAUGUAUGCUUUUUCACAAUUAAAGGUUUUUUUUUCCCUUUU